AUGGAGGCCGUCGAAAAGCGCGAGUACCACAUCCGAGACCUCACCACUCGGAGUGUCACUUUAUUCCCUACCAGAGCGCAGAUUGUCCGCGAUCUCAAGAGCCUUCCACUGAAACCCGGCACAAAUGAGGUCCUCAUCAUCGGACUUACACCCACUGUUGACGAGUCCACAAUCAGGGUGGAAGGCACUGGUUCCGCCGUCAUCAGCAACAUCGCCACCGAGCUACUCCCCAACCGCGAUAUCUUUCAAGAGGUCUACCCUGACGAUGAUUCUGAUGCGUCAGACGAAGAUUCGGACACAGAUGACUACACGAGUGAUCCGUCCGAACCACCCGAGCUCUUGGAUGCUCGGGCCAAGCAUCUGCAUGCCCGCGACGAGGAGCGUCGUGCAGAUGAGAUCGUUGACAGUGCCACUAGCCGGCUCAAAUUCCUCGACAGCUAUGCAAAUUCGCUUGAUCGCAAGGAGAACGUCGACAUUACGGGAACCAUGGAUGAAUACCGAAAACAACGCGAGAAAGCCUUCAAUGACAAGAUGGAAGGUGUCGUUUUGAAGCGAGAGGCCGCCAAACAAACACUCAUCGCUUAUAAAGUCGAGUCCCGUCUUGAACAACGAAACAUAAAGGAGAUCAAACGCCAAUCACGGGAGAAGGCUCGUUCCCAGCGUGAAAAGAAGAGGGAGAGACUGAACAAGGAGAGACGCAAAGAGGAGGCCAACAAGGAGAAACAACGCAUCCGAAAGGAACGCGAAAGCUUCUGGCCCAAGGUAUGCUACUCGGUUCGCAUCACCCUCGAAGUUCAAGCCGCAACACCCAUGACGUCCCGCCGGACUUCCGUGUCUAGUAGCACGGUUCAAGCCCCGGCUGCAAUUUCUGAAAUCGACGGCGGCGCAACGUCAAUGUGUGACCUAUCGCUCAGCUACAUCACUUCGUCCGCAUUCUGGGAACCAGGCUAUGAUAUCCAGCUCUCCACGACGAACAACAAUACCACAAUCUGCUACGAUGCCAAGAUUACCAACCACACAUCAGAGACUUGGGCCGAUUGCAAGGUCACUCUCUCCACGCCUCAAGCGACCUUCUCCGGCCUGGAUCAAGAGAUCCCUAGCUUGAAGCAGUGGAACAUCAAGCUGGCAACGAGGUACAUUGGUGGCAGAGGAAGUCAAAAUAUCCUUACCAGCCAAGAAGAACGGAGACAGAGGGCUCUGUGGCGAAAAGCCCAAGACGCCGCUGUUAAAGACAACGUUGAUCGCAAUGUCCUAUUCGGAAUCGAAGAGGAUCUGUUUGGGGCUGGGGCAUAUUUUGAAGCGUGCAAGGAGGAGGAGCUUGAGGAAUCUGAUGAGGAUAUGGGCUUUGCACUCUAUGACGACGAAGUACCCCAGGUGCCUGAAAAGCCUGCAGCUCAAUCUCCAAGCAGAUCGCUCGCUGCAAAGGUAGGCUCUGAGCUGUCGAAGGCAAGGCGGGAAAGCAAGAAGUCGGCCAUGGAAUGUGAACGCGAUGAAGGAGGGGUAGACUUUGAAGAGUCUUUCAUGGAAGAGACGGGCUUUACGACUGCCUACGACCUGCCUGGAACCCAGACACUUCCUCCCGCUUCCACGGCCUCCAAGCAGCGCGUGACUCGUCUCCAUCUCUCCAACGUUGUUUUCAGCCAUACCGUUGUUCCCAAGUACAAGACGGCGGCGUUCCUCAAAGCCAAGAUUCGCAACGGCAGCAGGAUAACCCUUCUCAAGGGCGCUGCAGGGCUAACGCUCGACGGCACGUUCAUGGGUCGCACGACGCUGCCUCGCUGUAGUGCUGGCGACGUGUUUUCUCUGAGCUUGGGCAUGGACCCGGCCAUCGUCGUCAGCUACCCGACAGUCAACGUCCGACGCGCCACAACAGGUUUUCUCUCCAAGGAGAACAGCUCGGUUUACAUGCGCAGCAUCACCAUCACGAACUCCCGCGCUGCUGCGGGCAAGCCUGUAUCUCUUCUUGUCAUGGAUCAAGUUCCAGUUUCGGAGGACGAACGGCUCAAAGUGGAGAUUGUUGCGCCCAAAGGAAUGUCUGUAAAUGGCAGUGGCACUACUACUGGAGAACCCGGGCGGAGCAGUACGGAAGACAGCGCCUGGGGUAGGGCGAAGUCGAGUUUGAAGAAGGGCGGGCAGGUUGAAUGGGAGGUUGAUCUCAACGCUGGCAAGGCCGUUAAAUUGGGCUUAGAGUAUGUUCUUAUCAUGCCAUCUGGAGAUGAUGCGGUUGAAUGCUAG